GACUCCAUGUAUGAAAUACUAUAAACUGUACCUAAAUUUAAGGUAGGAGGAAAACUGCUUAUGACAAUGCUGCUUAUAGUGUAAACUUCUGAAGCUCAAUUGACUUAAUUGAAAUCACAAUGAACUUAAAUGUGUACUGCUGAAUUUAAGAAAAGGUUAGAUAGAAGUUGCGAAGCACGUAAAAGAAGGGAUGCUGCUUCCGGGGUAUUGAACAUAUUCACAUUUCUGCCAAGAUGUGCCAAAACUGUGCCCAUCUUGCUGACUUGGAUAUUCCUCCAUGGAUGUGUGAGCCAGGGAUGAAAAGAAUGAAGAAAGAAUCGGGAGAUAAGGUGAACUGUCAAACAUGUGUUCUUGCUAAUUUAAAGCUUUCGGAUCAUGUCUUCAUAAACGACAUUAUCAAAGCUCACAACGCCUACCGAAGAAAGCACUCAUCACCACCUCUACGACAUGCAGCUGACUUGACUGCGCACGCACAGUGGUGGGCGGUGCAGUUAGCAGAAAAUGACGAUUUCCAACACAGUAAAUGUAUUCUUAAGAAUCAAAGAAUUGGCGAAAACUUGGCAGUUAAGUUUACCAAUGGAGAUACAUUUUCUGGGAAAGAAGUCACUGAUGAUUGGUAUAGUGAAAUCAACAUGCAUAGAUACGGAAGAGAAACAGAUAAUUCAAGGUCAGGACAUUUCAGUCAAGUUGUAUGGAAGGAGUCCAGAGAAAUUGGAGUAGGGAGAGCGAAGACAAACGAUGGAAAGGUUGUGGUUGUGACAAACUACAGACCUGCUGGCAACAGACCUGGUACUUACUCAACUAAUGUUCUUCCACCCUCGGACACCUCAAAAUAUGAACAAACAGGCAAAAGAUUAAAUAUGUUUGGAAGAAGUGGUGGAGGUGAAUCUAGGUCUACUAAAACAUUCACAGAAACAACAGGCUCAGGUGCAAACAAAGUAACAAAAACAGUGGUAGAAGAAACAAUCAUACGAUCCGAUGGCAGUAAAACAACAAAUCGGAAAGAAACCAUAACACAAGGCGGUUCAUCAAACAGUUCGACUCCAGCAUUGCAAAGUUCCAGUUUUCCGUCACAUGAUGACUCAAAAAAGAGGGAAAAGGAAAAAGGUGGCGUAUUAGGGUUUUUCGGGAAAGGAAAGGAUAAAAGACGGGGAAGCAGUUCAUCAGAUUCAUCACCAGAAACAACUAGAAAGCCACAAAAUUUAAAAGCAUUUAUAGAUGACGCUGUAAAAACUCACAAUGACUUGCGUAAGAAGCAUGGUGUUCCUUCAGUGAAACAUGCAAAAGAUCUCAGCGACUAUGCUCAGAAAUGGGCGGAACAUAUGGCGGCAACAUCAUCGUUCGGACAUAGCUCAUGCACACUGAAAUCAGACCGACUUGGAGAAAAUAUUGCAUGUAGGUCUGGAAGCGGCACUGUAGAUUAUUCAGGCAAAGAAGUAACAGAGUAUUGGUAUAGCGAAAUCAAAGACUAUACUUUUGGAACAGAACCAAGAUCUACAGGAACAGGUCAUUUCACACAAGUAGUAUGGAAGGAGACAAAAGAAGUAGGGUUUGGUAAAGCCAAAAGUUCGGGAGGUCGCGUGUUUGUUGUUGGUAGUUACAGACCUGCAGGCAAUAUGAUCGGAAACUAUAAAGAUAACGUACCAGCUCCAAAGAAGUGAAGUGCUCAUUAGUAUUGUCAAAAGGAACUAUUUUUAUGACAAAAUUAGUUACAUUCCAAUCUGUCGAAACUUUGCAAGUGAAUAAUUACACAUGCGAAAAGUUCCAAAAUUUUAUUUCCGGCAUUCCAAUUUAAUCGAACUUAUGAACGCAUUUCCAAACCAUAUAGGUUGUUUUCACUUAAUAAUAUAUACUCUGAUAAAAAAUAAUUUAAAAACAUUUUCAAAUUGAAUGAUGUUUUCAGUGUAUCUUCCAAUUAUACGACAAUUAUGUUGUUGGUCAAUUUUUUUAACGCUCUUGAUUCUUGAUUCCAUUGAACCCGUCAAAAUGUAAGAAAUUGCAGAGUUUAUAGCAAUUAAGAUUGUAUGUUUUAUGCAUGUAUAAACGUACUUCAUAGUAGUUCAAAUCAUGUAAAAAUGAUGACAAUCUUUCCACGUGAACGUGUUUCUAUAUCAGAUUUUUUAGUAUGUUUCAUAUUUUAUUUUCAUUUUUAUGUGCCAUAGAUAUAUAUAAUACAUGACUGAUAUUUCUGUGUUAUUAGAAAGUGCAAAUGUAUUACUUAUUGUGAAAUAUAUAAAAUUAAAAAUUCAAUGAUUACAA